AUGUGGGAGAACGGCGCAAGCACGAUCGAACAACACCAUCAAAUCACAAUGGCAGGAAACGUCUCGAAAAAGCGCAAGGCGGAGGAUAGAACCAAGAGCAAAACACGGCCGAAAAAGAAAUUCAAGAAGCAAACCGACUACGACAACCAAUCCUCAUCAGAAGACGAACCAGAGGCAGCGCAAGAUUUCCCAGCCGUAAAUCUCCAGGAUUCCGACGAAGAGGGACUCGAUGCCACAGAUCUGAUCGCUGCAGAAGAAUCCGAUUUAGAUCUCGGCAACGAUGAACCUGAUUUGGGAGACGAGGAGGAGGAAGUCACAGAUGCGUCGAAUUCCGACUCGGAGUCUGGCUCUGAUGACGAGGAGAGUGGCAAUCCUAAUUUGAUCAAGAAGCGGAAGCGCAAUGACCCCGAAGCAUUCGCGACUUCUAUGUCCAAGAUCCUAGGAUCGAAACUGUCGACGAGUAAGCGCAGCGACCCGGUGCUGUCGCGCAGUGUGGAUGCGAUUCAAGCUAGCAAGGAGAUUACGGAUCUGGCGCUGGAGAAGGCUGCGAGGCACAAGAUGCGAGUGGAGAAGAGGGAGGCGUUGGAAAAAGGUCGUGUGAAGGAUGUACUGGGGGCGAGUACGGCGUUUGAUGCUGCGAAUGGUGUGAAGGAUGGGCCAACUGUGCAGGAGACGCAAGAGCUGGAGAAGAGGCUAAGGAAAACGGCGCAGAGGGGUGUGGUAAAGCUGUUUAAUGCGGUCAGGGCAGCGCAGGUCAAAGGAGAGGAGGCUGCGAGGGAAGCUAGGACGAAGGGCUUGGUUGGACAGGGAAGACGAGAGGAUAAGGUCACUGAGAUGAGCAAGAAGGGCUUCUUGGAUCUCAUUGCAGGAGGUGGUGGCGGCCUCAAGGCUGGUGCCAUCGAGGAAGCAUAA